CCGAAGGCAGCGGCUCAACCCACUGAGCCACCCAGGCGCCCCUUGCUGCCCUGUCUUAAAGGUCCAAGCCUCCAAGUCAGACCUCCUGGUCUGCCUUCUUUCUGGGUCUUUCUCACAUCUAUACCUCCCACUCCAACCCUAACCCUCAGAGACAACCCGGCCCAGGUUUCAGCUCUAUUCACCUAACCCAGAGCAAUGGCCUCUUUUAAGGUGCUUUCGUCUUGUCAUGCCCUUACCCCCCGGAACGCCACAGAACGAGGACUUUGGCCCACUGCCCAGAGCACCCCAGUGUGGCCCCAACGAUCUUUCCAGCCCUGUGUCAGUCCCGUACAGUCUGUUCUCGCCCUUCCUCUCAUUCCGUCUCUCCUAGGCCGCCAUCCUCCCCGACCCCUCCAUCCCACCACAGUGUCCUUCCCCGCUCGGGGCUGGCUUCCAGGCCACUGCUUGGCCAACUAUAGUCUUGCAUAAUUCCUGAAGUCUGUUAGAUUGGUCUUCACAUCUCAUCCUCUUGCUGCAUUUUCUGUGCAAGUGUGACCUCCGCAGUGGAAUUGUGAGCCAGGACCAGGAGAGCGGCGAUGAUGUCUUCUCCGCAGGACUUAGUGAGAGCUGCUGUUGAUGCAGAGUAGGCUCCAUGCCACAUUCUAUGCCAUCUCUCGAGCCCUGAAAGACCCAGGGUGUAGCUCAUAAUUUAGGAGACUGAAGCUCAAAGAGCUUCAUUCUGCCACACGUCUAAGUGAGGAUUAAGCAGAGAUCUAUACAAUGUAAAAGUAGUUAGCAAACACUGAGACCACGAGCUCUGGGGGGCUGUGUCUCUCCUGAUUGCCACUCUAGCUCAGGGCCUAACACAGUGCCUGGCUCAUAGUAGGCACUUGGUAAAUAAUACAGAAAAGGACUUAAAACCUGCUCCAAGGCCUUUACUGACUCCCACCUGGGCACCCCCUCCCCAUUCCUCCCCACCUGUCCCAAGCCCAGGAAAAUGGACCGUGCUAGGGAGCCAGCAUCUGUCACCUCCAGCCAUAGUGAGCAGACAUUCUUAGAUCCACUUUGGGCUUGAGUUUGUUUAAUUCAAGAUUUUUCUUGGUUAGAACAGAGUGGGGGAGCACCCACUCAGUCGGUAGAACAUGCAACUCUUGAUCUCAGGGUUGUGAGUUUGUUGGGGGUAGAGAUCACUUAAUAAUUUAAAAAAAAAAACAAAACCUGACAAGACCCCCAACUUAAAACUACCUUAAGGAAUGUAUGUAUUGAUUUAUAAAAUGGAGAAAUCCAGAGGUAGAACUGGGUCCAGACACAACAGAAUCCACACGGUCUGUUGUCCUCAUUCUCUCCUUCUGUAAAAUGGGCUUCUCCCAUGUUUGAGGAGCAGAUAGGGAAGAAGAGGCCAUGGCCUCAGAUGGCUCCCGGUUUUACACCUCCCUGUCUCCUACCCAGGGAAAAACAGACAGCUUUUGUCUGCGUCACUGACUUGAUCUGUGGAUCCUGCAGGGUUCAUGGGCCCCACUCAACCCAGUCACUGGCCUCAGGGGAUCGGGGGAGCAUCCUGCCAGGCUUGCAUGUGUGCAGGGUGUUGGGGGAUAGAGAGCAGAGUCUGUGACUGAUGGCCCUGCCCCAACUACAUGAGGGCACAUUUCUGAGAGGAGUGCUGGCAACAGGGGAAGGGGGCAGGGCUGUUGGACCAAAAAGCAGAGUAGCAGCCUCACUCCCGUGCUGGGCUUGGGGAAAGAGGCUGGAGAGCAUUGGAAGACCCCUCAGAUAGGCCGCAGCCUGGAGACAUGCGGGAGCUCCUGUCAGUUCGGGAGGCGGCCAGUGGAGGUUUGCCCUGGGCACUGGAGGACUGCCCCCAGGGUUCCUUGCCUCUCCUCCCUCCAGCUCCGCAAGAGAGCAGCAGGGCUGAGCCACAGACUCCAGAGCUCUGGUCUCUUCUGAGCUCUGCAAACCUGGGAGACCUCCUAUACCCGGCUUGUCCUGCCUUUCCCCAGCUGAGGCUGAGCCAAAUGAUCUCUAGACUAGACUCUUCCGCCCCACAAAAUUCUGGGAUUCUGAGUGUGAUGUUGAGGUGGACAUACUGUGCACCUAGCCCGCCCCCCCCCACUACACACACACCCUACCCCUUCUAUUGCCCUGUUGAGCCCGUGGCUGGCCCCUAUCCUUGACAUUGGUCGAGGAACAGGGCCACUGUGGGGGAUCAGGACACCCCCGUUGGCGGGGGUCGGGGAGAGCUUUUCCACCGGCAGAGAUGCCCAGGCUCCUUGUUUACCCACGGAGCCCAGAAGACUCGCAGCAACCACACCCUGGGGAGGAGGUGGAGGGCGGGUAGCGGGCAGCUGUGCCUGCCCCCAUGACUCAUCCCGAGGUGGCUUGGCUUGGCCCGCCCAGGCCCCGGGGAAGCUGGUGUUACAACACUGGAGCGGCCAGCAGAGGGCAUGGGAGGACGCCUCUAGGGAGCAGUGGCCGCGCGGGGUGGGGCGUGAGGGGCACGACAUCGACUCACUGUGACCUUUGGCAGCCUGCUUUGGCCCUGUUCCUGAGGCUCCUGAGGCUCCUUCCCUGAAUCAGAGCAGACCCUCCUUGCAGUCACAGGUCUGGCAGCUCAGGAGACACUGCCUCCCUGGUUGCCCGGGAGGAGGAGUCAGCAAAGAGUUUGCGGUACUUUGAAUACAACAAUCAGUUUGGGAAGUUCAGGGGUCAGGGCCGUCAUUUCCUUCAAGGAGCGGAGCGCAGCGGACCUGUUUUUCCUUCGCUCGGCUCGGCUCGUAUCUCAGCAUGAAGGAGGUAAAGAGCGAGCGGGAGCGGGGGAGCCGGCGGAGGCACCGCGACGGGGACUUGGUGGCGGCGGCGGUGGUGGUGAAGGUGAAGCAGGAGCGCCUCAGCCCGGAAGCCGCGCCUCCCGCCCACCGCCGCCCCGAUUCCUCCGGGGGUAGCGCGUCCCCGCCAGCCGGCGACCCGGGCCGUCCUGGUCACCGCGGGAACCGAGCCCGAGGAGGUAGCCGGUCCCCAGCCAAAAAGAAAAACAAGUCCUCAGGGAGAAGAAGCAAGUCUCCUCGGAGUGAGAGAAGCCGAAGCCCUCACCACUCAACAGUCAAAGUGAAGCAGGAACGUGAGGAUCAUACCCGGAGAGGACGGGAGGAACGGCAGCCCCGGGAAUCAUCAGGCCAGGAACACCGGCGAGCUAGAAACAGUGACCGCGACAGACACCGGGGCCAUUCUCACCAGAGGAGAAGCUCUGAUGAGAGGCCCGGGAGUGGGCAGGCUCAGGGACGGGACCGAGAUGUUCAGAAUCUACAGGCUCGGGACGUAGAGCGGGAGUUUUACAACGCCCGAAGACGGGAGAAUGGCCAGAAGAACGAAGUUGGCGCUAGUGGUAAUGAGUCUCAGGGGUCGGUUCCCCGACCUGGGGGCAACAAUAAAGACAAAGAGCCACCCGCUAAAGAAAAGCCAAGCUUUGAACUCUCCGGGGCACUUCUCGAGGACACCAACACCUUCCGGGGUGUCGUCAUUAAGUAUAGUGAGCCCCCAGAAGCACGUAUCCCCAAGAAACGAUGGCGCCUCUACCCCUUUAAAAAUGACGAGGUGCUUCCUGUCAUGUACAUCCAUCGGCAGAGCGCCUACCUGUUAGGCCGGCACCGCGGCGUAGCGGACAUCCCGAUGGAUCAUCCCUCCUGCUCAAAGCAGCACGCCGUCUUUCAGUAUCGGCUUGUGGAAUAUACCCGUGCUGAUGGGACAGUUGGCCGAAGGGUGAAGCCCUACAUCAUUGAUCUUGGCUCAGGCAAUGGAACAUUCUUGAACAACAAGCGCAUUGAGCCACAGAGAUACUAUGAACUAAAGGAAAAGGAUGUACUUAAAUUUGGGUUCAGCAGCAGAGAGUAUGUCCUGCUUCAUGAGUCCUCUGACACCUCUGAAGUAGACAGGAAAGAAGAUGAGGAUGAUGAGGUGGAGGAGGAAGUAUCUGACAGCUAGCAAACUCGGAAGCAGCCCAAACUCUCGAGAGACCUUUUCUUUCUUUAAAGGUUUUGGGAUUGAGUCAGAGAGCACCACGGUGCUCUCUGUUAAUGCCUCUUAUUGCCUUAAGUCUUUGCUCUGUUGCUGACCACCUUAUGUUAUAGCAUAAGAAAACUGACUUCUGUUUGGUUGAACUUUUUUCUGUGGCACAUCAGCCCCUUGCCUGUGGGCUUUUGUUUUCAGAACAGUCUCACCAACACAUCGUGUUGCAGUAGAAGCAUCGUGGCUGUCCUUGGUGCUUUCAGAACUGCUUCCUAGGAAACUACAGACCCUUGGCUCAAGGGGAAUCGUGGCUUGUUCUCGUUGUACAGUUACUUUAUUUAUAUAGGUGUUAAGCUUUGUGGACUGGGUUUGUUUUUGUUUUCUUGUUUUUGGGGCAAACUCCAAUACAGAGAAUCUUACUAAGCUUUGGUUGUCACCAAAACAGCCUCCAUUAUAUACCAAAGCUUUGACCUGGUUGAGCUCUUGAGUCACAGAAGUUGAUUUUGCACUUCAUUUUUGGGGGGUGGGAACUUACCACAUGCCCUCAUUAUUAACUCUUGGACUUAAACAGAUGCUUUAUGGGACGUGUUGAAGCUGCAGCUGGGCAGGAGGAUCCUGGCUCCUGCCAGUGGGUGCUGAUCUAACGUCGAGAGGCUGAAAUGGGUCAUGGAUCGGUUUCCUGUGAGAGAAUUCCGAUUUCUCCAUAAAGCAUGUACAUAACCAUUUUGAUCAUCGUAUCUGUUCACUUUUGCAUUUUUAUUCAAAUGUUCUCUCUUUCCUUAUUUGCAAAACAGUGUCGUUCAUGUAGCACGGUCCUUGCUUUAUUCUAACAACGUAUGUAUAUGUGUAAAGGAGGUUGUAUAGUUGACACGUUUCAUCUUUUUAGAAAAUGUUCAGAGAGGUUGUAUUUACUUUCCCAAGGCCGGGAAGCAAGGGAGUUGCCCUGUUCCCUAAUUCCUAAGAGGAAUAUGUGUAAGUAGCAGAGUCGUAACUACUUAUAUACACUGUGUGUGUGUGUGUGGUGUGGGGGGGGGUGUAUACAUAAAAGUGUGAGUGAAAGAGCUGCAUACUGAUUUUCAUAUGAGAAUGUUUUGUGAUGUAAAUGUGAUACUACAUUAUAGGCGAAGGCCUCCCUGCAUUUGAAUAGCAGGUUUUCAUUUAUAUGUAUUUUUGGGAUAAAAAAAUAAUAAAAUUUGUAAA